CGACAUCCCCUCCCUCCUUCCCUCCCUCCCUCUUUCUCGGUCUCCCUUCCACUCCCCACCUUCGCCUCCUUCUUCAGAGCAGCGGAGGCGGCUGCCCUUCCCGCCCGCCUCCGCCGCUUUAAGACCCUCCGGGCUGCUUCCUUCCCUUGGACUCGCCUCUUCUUCUUCUUCUUCUUCCUCCUCCUCCUCCUCUUCCAAGCCGCUCUUUCUUUCCGCUUCACCACCAGCAGCAGCAGGAGCAGCAGGAGCCGGAGCAUCCUUCAGGGCCUGGAGGAGCGGGUCCAGGGCGGGGGUCUGGGGGCUCCGGGAUGCUGCUGGAUGCGGGUCCGCAGUUCCCCUCGGCGCUGGGCGUGGGGACCUUCUCCCGGCACCCGCCUCCGCCGCCGCCUCCCCCUCCUCCGGCCCCGGGCUCUGCUUCCUCUUCCUCGGCGUCGGAGAUGCAGGACCCCCGGGAGCUGAGCCUGCAGAACAGCUUCGUGGACGCGGCGGCGGCGGCGGCUCACCUGGGCGCCUUCAAGCUCAACGCGGCGGCGGCGGCGGCUGCAGCGGCGGCGGCGGCCCACGAACUCUCCCCGGCGGGUCAGGGCUCGGCCUUCAGCUCCCAGGCGCCCGCCUACCCCCACGCCGCCCACGUCGGCUCCUACUCCGCCGGGCCCUUCAACUCCCCCAGGGACUUCUUGUUCCGGAGCCGGGGCUUCGGGGAAGCGGCGGCGGCGGCGGGGGCCGGAGGGGGCCAGCAUGGGCUCUUCGGGGCGGCCGCGGCCACCGGGAGCCUGCACCACCCUCACGCCGAGGCCCAGGGCCACCUCAGCCUCUUCCCGGGCAUCGGGGACCACCAGCACGGAGCCCCCGGCUCUCCCAACGUCCUCAACGGGCAGAUGCGGCUGGGGCUGCCCGGGGAGGUCUUCGGCCGCUCGGAGCAGUACCGGCAAGUGUCCAGCCCCAGGACGGACCCCUACGCGGCGGCGGCGGCGGCCCAGCUGCACGGCCAGUACGGGCCCAUGAACAUGAACAUGGGCAUGAACAUGGCGGCCGCCCACCACCACCACCACGCCGCCGCCGCCGCCGCCGCCCACCACCACCCGCACGCCCACCAUCCCCACCACCACCACCACCACCAUCACCCGGGGGCCUUCUUCCGCUACAUGCGCCAGCAGUGCAUCAAGCAGGAGCUCAUCUGCAAGUGGAUCGACCCCGAGCAGCUCAGCAGCCCCAAGAAGAGCUGCAACAAAACUUUCAGCACCAUGCACGAGCUGGUCACCCACGUCUCCGUGGAGCACGUCGGCGGCCCUGAGCAGAGCAACCACAUCUGCUUCUGGGAGGAGUGCCCCCGCGAAGGCAAGCCCUUCAAGGCCAAGUACAAGCUGGUCAACCACAUCCGCGUCCACACCGGAGAGAAGCCCUUCCCCUGCCCCUUCCCCGGCUGCGGCAAGGUCUUCGCCCGCUCCGAGAACCUCAAGAUCCACAAAAGGACCCACACAGGCGAGAAGCCCUUCCAGUGUGAAUUCGAGGGCUGCGACCGGCGCUUCGCCAACAGCAGCGACCGGAAAAAGCACAUGCACGUCCACACCUCCGACAAACCCUACCUGUGCAAGAUGUGCGACAAGUCCUACACUCACCCCAGCUCCCUCCGGAAACACAUGAAGGUUCACGAGGCUUCCCCGCAAGGCUCGGAGUCCUCCCCGGCGGCCAGCUCGGGCUAUGAGUCCUCCACUCCUCCGGGCCUGGUGUCCCCCACCUCCGAGACCCAGAGCGCCGCCGCCGCCGCUGCCGCUGCCGCCACCACCAACUUGUCCCCGGCAGCGGCGGUGUCUGCGGUCCACCGGAGCAGCAACGCAGGAGGCGGCGGGGGCGGCAACGGGAGCUCGGGCGGCGGAGGAGGAGGGGGCGGCGGCGGUGUCGCCCCUCACAGCGGUCUCACCUCCAACUUCAACGAGUGGUACGUCUGAGGCUGAGACUCCGGGAAGCUAAGCCCUCCCCAGAGACCUGCGACGGAGCCCUCGCUUUCUUUCUUUCUUUCCUUCCUUCCUUUCACUCUCUCUCUCUCUCUCUCUCUCUUUUUCUCUCUUUCUCUCAUCCUUUUGUGUGGAUCGGGACACCUUGGAGCAGACUGAGGACCAGAAAAGGGGGGGGGGAGAUGAGAGACUUAAGUCUCCCCCCUCGUUUUUUUUAAGAAAGAGAGGAUUAACCCCCAAAAGGGGGGUAUAUUCCCCCCCUCUGGCCGCCGCCUUGGGGGAGACUGAAGGGGCCAGAGCCAUCGGCUGCCUCCACUGCCGCCCUCCUGCCUCCAUCGCCUGGGAACAAAAGGCCGGAGGAGGCCGGAGAGAGGAGCCUCCCUGGACUUACUCCUCUCUGGCCCCAGCUUCAGCCCCACCGCCGCCCUUCUCUCUGGACACGAGAGGCAUCCAAGGGGGCCAUCGUCGCUACAGCCUUGCCUUGAGAAAGUAUGCCUUGGGAUCUUCUCUUCUUCUUCCUUUUCCUCCAUCCUCGCUUUCCCCUCUUCUGCUGCUCUUCUUCUUCUUUUUAAAAAGACUUCUUCACCCGCAAACCACCCUCUCCAUCCAUCCAUCCUGCCCUCUC